ACAAUGGUCACCUCUAUGCGGGGUAUAUUAGUCAAAUGCGAUCCGCCAACAAUGGAAAUAGUCAAGCAAAUCAACGAAACAAGACAUUUCAUCAUAGAGCAACUGGAUGAAAGCGUUGCGCUGUGCCAGGAAAGCGUAUUCGAUUUCCUAAGUGAGGAAGUGACAAGAAGGCUGGAAUUUGCCGAGCGAUUGACGCCAACCGAUGCCAAAACUAACGCCGAUGAAUCGUGAAAUCAACGCUUCACAUAGUCCAAUGUGUAAAUUCUACGAGCAACGUCAUUCACAAGCCACUCGAGACCCUCGAUAAUACCCUCUCCAGUUACACCACUGCAACCGUGGAUACGCC